AUGAACAUCUGCAACAAACCUCCUAAUAAGACAGCUCCAGAGAACCUGGGCGAAGCUGCUCCUGAGGUGCAGGUCCAAUGCUCUCGGAGGAACGGCUGGAGCUGGCCUCUGCACUAUUUCCAGCUUAUUGCCUGGUUGCUGUAUCUCUUCUUUGCGCUGGUUGGCUUUGGAAUCCUGGUUCCUCUCCUGCCCCGCCACUGGCUGAUCGCUGGCUAUAUCUGUCCAGGAGUGUGUUUUAUCUACCAUUUAGUUGUUCAUCUUACUGCAGUCUCCAUUGAUCCCGCGGAUGCAAACAUACAAGAAAAAAACUAUCUAGGGCCUCUGGGCACCUUCAACCGUACUCAGCAUGCACAUGUCAUUGAAAACCAUCAUUGCCAUGUCUGUGAUGUGGAUGUGAGUGCCAAGACAAAGCACUGUGGAACUUGCAACAAGUGUGUGUGUGGCUUUGAUCACCACUGCAAAUGGCUCAACAACUGUGUGGGAGAGAGGAAUUACUGGUUCUUUUUGAAUAGCGUGCUGUCUGCCAUUCUGGGUCUUGGGCUUCUGCUGCUCAUCGCUUGCUACGUCUUUGUGGAGUUCUUCGCUGACCCCAUGAACCUUCGCUCCGACCAGCACUUUGAUGCUCUCAAGAACCACACAGACCUCUGGUUUGUGUUUCUUCCUGCAGCUCCUGUUGAGACUCGGGCAUCUGCCAUUUUGGUCAUGGCUGGGAUUUUUGUUCUUCUGAGCCUAAUGACCGUGAUCCUGCUGGGCCACCUCUUCAUCUUUCACAUCUAUCUUAUGUGGAACAAAUUGACUACAUACGAGUACAUCCUGCAGCAGCGUCCCCAGCAAGAGGCGGAAGAGGCAGACAAGCAGCUGGAGUCUUGUCCCUCCCAGGUGAGACCCUGGCAGCUAUCUGCUGUACUUUCAGUCCAUUUCUCAAAAGCAGCCUCGCUUGUCCACAGUGGA